CCAAGUGCGCACCUGAUAUAUCCAGCCUCUCCUCUGCCCUCUCUCUCUUUCUGCCCCUGCCUCAGUCACACACAACACACACAUAUACACACACACAUUUGCUGCCCCUGGCAAUUAUCACUUCUGCACACUUUUAAAACCUCAGAAUCGUGUUUGGCCAUCUCAUCUGGUGCUGCAGGACCCGACAUUUUGGACAUGAUGGAGGACUACCACAAACCUGACCAACAGACCGUCCAGGCUCUGAGGAACAUCGCCAACCGCCUCCGAAUCAACUCCAUCAAGGCAACGACUGCAGCAGGCAGCGGACACCCGACGUCAUGCUGCAGCGUGGCAGAGAUCAUGUCAGUGCUCUUCUUUCACACCAUGAAGUUUCGUCCUGAGGACCCAAGAAAUUUCAACAGCGACCGCUUCAUCAUGUCUAAGAGCCAUGCUGCUCCUGCGCUGUACUCCAUGUGGGUUGAAACAGGAUUCCUGAAAGAGAACGAGAUGCUCAACAUGUGCCAGGUGGACUCUGGCCUGGAGGGACACUCAACCCCGAGACAGCAAUUUGUUGAUGUCACCACUGGCUCCUUGGGACAGGGGCUCGGUGUGGCCUGUGGCAUGGCCUACACUGGCAAGUACUUCGACAAGUCCAGCUAUCGUGUUUACUGCUUGAUGGGAGACGGAGAGAUGUCAGAGGGAGCCGUCUGGGAGGCCAUGUCAUUCGCCUCCUACUACCAGCUCGACAACCUGGUGGCCAUUAUGGACAUCAACCGCCUGGGUCAGAGUGACUCUGCUCCUCUGCAGCACCAUGUGGAAAAAUAUCAGAGACGCUGUGAGGCUUUUGGGUGGCAUGCCAUCAUUGUGGACGGCCAUAGUGUGGAGGAGCUCUGCAAAGCUCUGAGUCAGCCGCGCCACCAACCCACUGCCAUCAUUGCUAAAACCAUUAAGGGAAAAGGCAUUCCAGCUGCAGAGGAUAAGCUCGGGUGGCAGGGGAAACCCCUGCCCAAAGACAUGGCCGACAUGGUGAUGAAGGAUCUGCAAAGCCGGAUCAUGAACACCAGCAAGCACCUGUAUCCUCCUGCGCCCACAGAGGACGCCCCCCCUGUCAGCCUGAGAAACAUCAGGAUGCCCAGCGCACCCAGCUACAAGGCGGGAGAAAAGAUCGCCACACGUAAGGCGUACGGGAUGGCCCUGGCCAAGCUGGGCCGCUACUAUGAGCGCGUCGUGGCUGUUGACGGAGACACCCACAACCUCACCUUCUCAGAGAUCUUCAAGAACGAACAUCCCAACCGCUUUGUUGAGUGCUACAUAGCUCAGCAGAACAUGGUCAGUGUUGCCAUGGGGUGUGCUGCCCGCGACAGGAACGUGGUGUUUGCCAGCACUCUGGCCUCCUUCUUCACACGUGCAUAUGACCAGCUACGCUUGGCGGCCGUCUCAGACAGCAACAUCAACCUGUGUGGCUCCCACUGCGGCCUCUCCACUGGGGAGGAGGGCCCCUCCCUGAUGGCCCUGGAGGAUCUGGCGAUGUUUCGGGCCCUUCCCUCUACGACUAUCUUCUACCCCAGCGAUGGCGUGUCGACUGAGAAGGCUGUGGAACUGGCUGCGAGCACUCGGGGUGUUUGCUACAUUCGCACCGGUCGCCAAGACACUGCCAUCAUUUACAACAGCAAUGAAGACUUCCAUGUGGGGCAGGCGAAGGUUGUAUACCAGAACAAGGACGACCAGGUGACUGUGGUUGCUGCUGGAGUGACUCUGCAUGAGGCUCUUGCAGCUGCUGAACAUCUGAAGAAAGAGAGGAUCUAUGUCAGGGUCAUUGACCCCUUCACCAUCAAACCCCUGGAUGCUAAAACCAUCAUGGACCAUGCACGAGCCACCAGGGGCCGAGUCCUGACAGUGGAGGACCACUACUAUGAAGGUGGUCUUGGGGAGGCAGUGAGCUCCGCAAUGGUCAACGAGACCGGCUUCUAUCUGCAGCGCCUGGCUGUAUCUCAUGUCCCGCGCAGCGGCAAACCGCAUGAGCUGAUGAAGCUCUACAGCAUCGACCGUGACUCCAUCGCGCAGGCGGUCCGCAAGAUGCUCAGCAGCUCUACCAACGCCAAGUAGCUCUGUCCAGGCCGCUGAAAGUUUGAUUCACGUGGCACCAAGCUCUUUCUAUUUCUUCAGUGUUCAUUCCCUUACAAUUGUGGUUUUGUGCUGUUCACUUUAAGGUCCCACACUUUCUCUCAUUUUAUUAUGCAACCACCACUUCACACACACAUACACGCGCAUAGGCGCACACAUCCUCGCAAUUGAACUCAGCGUUCACCUGCAUCCAGUUCAAAGUUUGUGACGACGUGACAAACAUGAACCAUUAGGACACGAUGACCUGUGUGACGCUCUCAUAUGCCUCUCUUUAUUCUCUUUAACUCUAUUGGCUGGAAACGUGUUUGACUUUGUCAUGGUGUUGUAGGUUACAAUCUUUCAGGAAGGAUCUAAGUAUACUGUUUGUCCUAGUAAUUAUGCAAAUGUUGGAAGGUUACUGAACGCAGCAGGUGCACACGUGCAAAAUGUGUUCCUUUUAAACUGUUGAGUUGGUACUGACGCGGUUGUUUGUGCAAACUAGUGAUGGUAAUGGCAGUUGUCUUUCUGUUUUGAAAAACCCGUUUUGAAAGUUGACAAUCCGACUUGUCAUACCAAGAACAUGGUACUUAAAUUUUGUAUCGUGCCAUUCUCUUGUGUAAUAAAGUCCUCUGCAUUUGA